AUGAACUACCUAACAGCUGGAAAGGUGUCAGGGGUUGGCGAUAGUGAAGCCAUUUGGCCACCUGAAAUUCAAUUUAUCGGAAAAGACAUUUUAAGAUUUCAUGCCAUUCUCUGGCCGGCAAUUUUGAUGGCCCUGGGUCUACCACUCCCAAAGCUGGUUAUUCCUCACGGUCAUAUUCUUGUGUCAGGUGUUAAGAUGUCCAAAAGCCUUGGGAAUAUUGUGAGUCCUGAUGAGGUGCUGAAUCACUUUGCUUCCUUUUUCACUGGAAGUGAUAGCUUCACAGAGCCAGAAGUUUAUUCGGUGACAACAGAUUGUCUUCGCUACUGUCUUAUUCGCAGCGCCUGCUUACAGGAAGAUAUCACAUUCAGUCUUCCUCUUGCAAUUGAAACUGUCAAUGCGGAGUUGGUUAACUCCUUGGGCAAUCUGCUCUCAAGGAUUUCUUCCAAGAAGGUAACUCCAACUCACACUGCGCCAAUUCUUGACAUUGUGGAGGCUCAAGAUUUUAUGUCGGACCCUUUGGAUGCUGAAUUUUUUAACGAUCUCAGAAACCUUCCUUCCACAGUGGAUUCCUUAUGGUUUGAUCAUCUGCAGCCUCAUCACUGCGUGGACGCUGUUAUGCGGGUAGUUCGUCAUGCCAACGCUUUUGUCGACCGACAUCGUCCGUGGGAUACAAACAGGUCGUCCUCCAAAACCGUCGUGGGAGUUACUCUGGAAACACUCCGAUUAGUUGGCUGUCUCCUCUCACCCUUGAUUCCCACUUUGUCCAACCGCCUUCUAUGUGGAAUUGGACUGGAGGAACAGGCUCUUAGGUGUUUCACUUGGCGAUUGCCAAAUGAUGGACCUCUUAAACGACCUCUUAUACCGAGAUUCAGACCCUAA